GUGAGUUGCAACCCGACUGAUUUAUCAGUUUGGACUUCCGGCGAUCCAAAAUGGCUGCGGCCGUUCAGGACCCACGUGUGAACUCCGGGGAAAAACUGAAGCGUUCCCCGAAGAAAAAGAAAAAGAUGAAGAUGGUAGCCGAGCCUGCAUUGUCGAAGCUAGAAGAUGAUGUCAAAGGCUCUUCCGACGGAGAAGGAAGCUGUGACUUAGAGCUGGGCUACUCAGAUGAUGGAGCUGUAGAAGCAGACAGCGAGGACAAUGUUGAAUCCUGUGAGGAAGAAAAUGAAGACGCUGCAGAAUCAAGUCUUGGGACUAAUUCGGGCUGGGCAGAUGCCAUGGCAAAAAUCCUUAACAAAAAGACUCCUAAAAGCAAGCCUACCAUCCUCACCAAAAACAAAGAGCUGGAGAAGGAGAAGGAGAAGCUAAAGCAGGAAAGGCUGGAGAAGAGGAAGCAGCUUGAUAAGAAGCGGGAGUGGGAAAUGCUGUGCAGAGUGAAGCCAGAUGUUGUCAAAGACAAAGAGGCAGAGAGAAACCUUCAGAGGAUUGCGACAAGGGGUGUGGUGCAGCUCUUCAAUGCUGUACAGAAACACCAAAGGAAUGUUGGCGAAAAGGUUAAGGAAGCAGGAGGCUCCAUCCGGAAGCGGGCUAAGCUGAUGUCAACUGUUUCCAAGAAGGAUUUCAUCAGUGUUCUUCGAGGAAUGGAUGGUACAAGUGAGAACAGUCCUGCCGGGAAGAACCCCAAAGCCAGACAGACUGAAGCGAAAACAGAAGAGAGCCCAGGGUGGAAGGUUCUGCAAGAUGACUUUAUGAUGGGAGCCAGCAUGAAGGACUGGGACAAGGAGAGCGAGGGCGAGGGCGAGGAGCCUGCUGGGGGCGGGGCGGGGUCGGCCAGCCACUGAGCAGACAGACGGGAGCAUCCAGCUCUGCUGCAAACAGCCCGAUGGCUGGGAGACUUGAGGCCAUCUGCUAAAUGCCAGGACUUCCCAAGAACCUUCACUCCAGGGCUCCUCGUGUGCAGACUGUAUUAAAGUUGUAUUUUUAAUUCUUACAUAAAUUUAAGCUGUUUUUCCAAAAUAUUUGUACAAAAAAAUAUUUUUUUUUUCUUGAGCACUAAGAUGUACAUUUUCUAGGAUCCUUUCCUGUGAACACGUGCUGAUCACACACCAGUGUUUCUAAAGUGUGGUCCCGUUUAUAAUUAAAGUGAACUUGAUAU